AUGCCUUUCCAGCAUCCCUUCCAGUGCAUCCAGUGGCUGGGGGAUUGCGCUCCGGGGGCUCCAAACUUCCUUGUGGGAGCUGCUGGACCAAGAAUAUAUGUGUUAGAUGGCAGAACGGGGCAUUCGCUCUGCGUCUGGCCCUUGAACAACGAGCCACAGGCCAAAGCUGCAAAUGCAAAGAAUGCAGACUCCCAUAGUAAGGGUGACGCUGAAGGCAGUGAACCUCCCGAGAAAAGGCGGAAACUUUCACCAGAAGCCUCACAAGAUAUUGUCAGUGCUGAAGAAAGUAAGGUACAGGGGGCUAAAGUCAAUGGAUCUAUGAAAGCGCAAGACUCGAGAUUGGCAUGGGAGACGAUCCCAAUUGUGACAGCCUCAAAAUCGGGGAAACACAUCGUUGUAGUUUCUGCAGAAGAUAAGUGUAUACGAGUCUUUGCGGUGAACUCGAACGGGGCUCUCUCCCAAUUAAGCGAACGAUGUAUGCCCAAACGACCAUGUGCAGUUGUACUGUCGAGUGACGAAUCUACCAUUCUAUGUGGAGAUAAAUUUGGAGAUGUCUACUCUCUUCCAAUUUUCCCAACAGAAAACCACAAACCACCUCCCAAGAAAAGCGCGCAGCUUUCACAGCCCCUUCAGCCAUCUGCUUCCGUACUCACAGUCCAUACGAAACGCAAUCUACAAGCCCUCGAGCAGCAGCUCAGAGUGGGCGCGAAGAUUCCAACGGAGAAGACUGGCCCUACAUUCGAGCUCAAGCUACUUCUAGGGCAUGUGUCUAUGCUCACUGACAUCGCAUUCGUGGAUUUGUGCAUCGAUCCUGAAUCCGCAGUUUCUCGCCCUUAUAUAAUAACUGCGGAUCGAGAUGAGCAUAUUCGGGUCUCUAGGGGCCCCCCUCAGUGUCACAUAAUUCAAACCUACUGCUUAGGCCAUACUGCAUUUGUGAGCAGAUUAUGUAUCCUGCCAUGGAACACGUCGACUUUGAUAUCGGGCGGGGGGGAUGAUUAUAUUCUGGCUUGGCGUUGGGCGGAAGGGAAACUUAUGCAAAAAAUUCCAAUUCCCGUAGAUGGUAUCGUCAUGGCAUCAAACGAAGACGCCACCGCAACAGCAGAUAGGCUAUCUCCACCAGAAAUUGCCGUAAGCGGAAUAUAUGCGAUGUCCUUUUCAGACGAUUUUUCCAUGAGAGUGAAAGCUCCCGGUGUGGUUCUCGUAACGCUAGAAGGUUUUAGUCCUGACGGCAAGAUUGUCGCGCAGAAUCCCGUGCAUCUUUCAGGGAAUGCCCUCGGGGUCACGUCUAUCGAUAACAAGGGCAACAUCGUUGUAUCGGUAGACAAUGUACACGAGCCUGGAUCGACAACGGAGCAGCGAAAACCAUCAGAUGCCCCGCAACAGCUUAUUCAAGUGUUUUCGGUAAUGUGGGAACAAGAAACCUUCCAUUGGAAGGAAGUUGAUAGCGACAUGGCGAAGGAGAUCAGCAAUCAUGUUUACUUUUCUGAUCUUUUCGCAAGCACGAACUCCACAGUCAACAUGUCGCAUCAAUUUGAACCCCUUAAAAACGAUCUUCUGCUAAGGGCCGCUCGAGGCGAAAAGGUUGAACGUCCACCAAUAUGGGUUAUGCGACAAGCCUUUAUACCCAUUCAGAGAGAAAAUAAAAUAGAAAAACGAUAA